UAAAAAAAAAAUUCCUUCGAUGAAUGUAAAUUUUAAAGAAAAUCAUAAUAAUUUUAAUUUUGAAUGUGUAUCUCCUCGAAGAUCUGUAACAGAAGAAGAAUCAAAGAUAUUAGUUCUAUAUAUUGGAGGUACCAUUGGAAUGGAUUCUGUUGGUGGAGUCCUGUUCCUGAUAUAUUGUAUCGUAAACUAAGAAAGUCAACUUCACUUAAUGACUUAGACUAUUCCAGAACUAAAACUAUUUAUGAAAAUGAAGAUUUUUUAGCCUUACCAAAAAUGGCAGAUAGUAAAAGAAUUAUUUACAAAAUUGUUGAAUAUGAUACUUUAUUAGAUUCAUCUAAUAUGUGUAUGGAUGAUUGGAUAAGAAUUGCUACUGAUAUUUAUAAAUAUUAUAAAUUUUAUGAUGGCUUUGUUGUUUUACAUGGAACGGAUACAAUGUCAUAUACUGCAUCUGCUUUGUCAUUCAUUUUGGAGAAUCUGGGCAAGCCAGUCAUAUUAACAGGAUCACAAAUACCUUUAGUCGAAGUUAGGAGCGACGGGAGAGACAAUUUUAUAGGGGCCUUAGUCUUGGCAACUUACAACAUUCCUGAGGUGUGCAUUUAUUUUGACCAUCGCUUGUAUAGGGGAAACAGAACAAGAAAAAUCGAUAAUAGUUCUUUUACAGCUUUCAAUUCACCUAACAUGCCACCGUUGGCUAACAUGGGUGUGGAUAUUAAAAUUGAUUGGGACAACGUAUUUCCCGCUUCAUCUCACAAAAUGCGCGUUCAAACUGAGCUGUGCAGGGACGUAGGUAUGUUGCAAUUGUUCCCCGGAAUUUCUUCUCAAACGGUAAAAGCUUUUUUGCAGACCCCCUUGAGAGGACUUGUACUGGAAUCAUAUGGUACAGGCAAUGCCCCUUCCAACAGACCCGACCUUAUCAAAUCGUUCCACGAAGCAACAAAUGACAAGGGGAUAAUUAUCGUUAACUGUACCCAGUGCCCCGUUGGAUCCGUAUCUUGUUCCUACGCUACUGGAAAGGUCUUGAUGGAAGCGGGCGUCAUUGCCGGUUUCGAUAUGACGCCAGAAGCCGCGCUUACAAAAUUAAGCUAUGUUUUAGCUAAGGAUGAAUGGGACAUUGAAACCAAAAAGAAAAUGAUGUCAUCAAAUUUGAGAGGGGAGCUUACUAUCAAAUGCCAAGAUAAAUUAAUCUUGAGAGACUUUGAGUUCCUCAACGCUAUAGCCAAUUCGUUGAACCUAUCCACGUCUCCCGAAAUCAAAGAUUUGCAGAUCUCCUUGUUUCCUCUUCUAUUGUGUCUGGCCGCUCUUUCUAACGAUGUCAAAACGAUGGAAAUGCUAUUGGAAAAAGGUGGCAACGUUAACAUGGCGGACUACGACAAAAGAACGCCCUUACAUGUAGCAUCUAGUCAAGGAAACCUAACGAUAGUAAAUUAUCUGCUUGAAAAGGGAGCCUCCGUUUUCGUCAAGGAUAGUUUUAAUUCGACUCCCUUAUACAACGCUAUAUACUUCAAACAUUUCCACAUCAUUGAAGCCAUGACCCGGGUUGGAGCUCAUUUGGUCAUGCCACCUACAGAAAUUGGAGAUCAUUUAUGCCAAGCAGCGAUGAGGAAUGACGCCGAAUCUUUAAAAGCCUGGUAUUUAGCUGGCGCAAGUAUGAAUUUAACCAAUAUUGAUGGUCUAACCGCCUAUUCAACAGCUAAGAAAUAUGGUUGUCUUCAAUCCUUGGCCUUCUUGGAAAGCGUAUCGAAAACCCCAAUUACGGAUACAAAUGGGAUUGACAGCUAUCCGCUCCAUAACUAACAAACCCAUUCCGCCUAAAUCAUAUAAUUAUUUAUUAUAAUUUAUUUGCAAAUCAAAUCCUACUCAUCAUUUUUAUGAAAUUAUAAAUAAAUUUA